CUUAGCUUGUUAGCUGCUAACAAAGAGAGGCGGAAGUGAUCGACACAUCAAAACAGAGAUCCAAUACGUCUGUGUAGAACAUCUUCAUCCUGAGCAACAGCAGUGGAGCUUCAGGAUGCGGACGGAGGAGCCACAGCCUUCCCACAUUAAGAAGGAAGAGGAAUACCCACUCUUCACCCAUUUUAAAGAGGAAGAGGAGGACCCACUGACCCCUCACAUUAAAGAGGAAGAGGAGGAACACAGCAUCAGUCAGCAGGGAGAGCAUCUUGAAGGACUGGAGGAGGUUGAUGUCACCAAGAUGCCAGUGACUGGUGUCCCUGUGAAGAGUGAAGAUGAUGAGGUCAAAGGUGAAAGUGAGGAGAAGAGAGAGGCGGAGCCUCCAAGCAGCAGCUCAACACAACACAUGACAACAGAAGCUGAUGGAGACCACUGUGGAGGAUCACAAGCAGACAAGAUCUUAGCUCCACUAUCAGAUAGUGAGGACACAACGUCACACUCUCCUGACACUGAUGAUGAAGACUCUAAAGAUGAUAAGACAUGUCACACUGACAACACUCACUUUACAUGUUCUCUCUGUGACAAAACUUUCAAAUAUCCUCGAUGGCGCCCCAGACGGCCGCCUGGCUCGCCUGUCAGGAAAGCUGGCCCUGGGUCUCGGCCUCCUAUGCUCCGGCUCUUUGGCUUCAAGCCGGUAGACGCAGCGGAAGGGAUCUUCCUCAGUCUAUGUCACGACGUGGACUUGGGCGACGCAAAUUAUUGCGUGGGUUGCUUUCCCAAGAUGCAAACAAACUGA